UGCUUGCCUUGGGCAAGUAGCUUAAUCUAUAAGGUCUCUUGUAUCCUUCAUCACUCUCAUCACUCUUGCGUUCUGGUCUAUUUCACUCUCAAAUCAUAAUUCAUCGUUUCAUCGGUUUUGCUUUGUGCCUAUCCUUUCAGUUCAGAUCUGGGAUUUUCAGCUCCAAGCUAUGGCGGAGAAGAAACCCAGUCUGAUAUGCGUACGUACUUAGGUGACAACAAUGGUGCUGAAGGUCGAUCUUCAGUGCUGUCGCUGCUAUAAGAAGGUCAAGAAAGUACUCUGUAAAUUCCCUCAAAUACGAGACCAGAUAUAUGACGAGAAGGCCAACACGGUGACAAUUACGGUGGUAUGCUGCAGUCCAGAAAAGAUCAGGGACAAGAUAUGCUGCAAGGGUGGCGGAUCCAUCAAGAGCAUUGAGAUCAAACCACCACCACAACCACCUCCAAAACCCAAGGAUCCUGAGAAGAAACCUGAAAAGCCUAAAGAACCAGUGAAGAAACCCGAAAAGCCCAAGGAACCAGAGAAGAAACCUGAAAAGCCUAAAGAACCAGAGAAGAAACCCGAAAAGCCCAAGGAACCUGAGAAACCCAAAGAACCACCCCCGAAACCACCAGCGCCAGCGCCAGCACCAGCACCGGCACCAGCACCGGCACCGGCACCAGCACCGGCGCCAGCUCCAGCGCCAGCACCGGCGCCGGCACCAAAGCCUCCAGCACCAGCACCAGCACCAAAGCCUCCAGAAACGGCUCCUCCACCACCAGUGGCCUGUCCCCCGAUUGGAUUUUGUUGCACGGAAUGUUAUCAUGGACAUGGUGGGGGCCCUUGCUAUUUUGGUGGACCGCCUCCACCACCACGCCCAUGCUAUGAGACUUAUGGUAGGCCAGUUUAUGAUAACUGGGGCUGCGGCGGCUACAAGUAUAUGAGCCGCGGUGAUUGUUUUAGUGAAGAAAACCCACAAGCUUGCUCAAUCAUGUAACGUGGAACAUGCUACUAGGGGCAUCGUCAAUUCAUGAAUUCAUUACAUCACUGAUAGUAAUCUUCUUAGUUGUCUCUGUU